AUGCGGCUUUUGACGCAUAAUAUGUUAACAUCACACGUCAAGGGUGUGAAGAAUGGCUAUCCUUUGGGUAUAGAGGUAAUUCCUUGAUAUAUUUCUUCACAUAGUUCUUUUGAAAACUGGGCAAUGACAAAAAGUCAUAGUCUUCUAUCAGAUUCGAUUUUCACGUGGUCUAGAGAUUUUCAUCUUUGGGAUCUGCUGAUGCUAAAAAUUUUCUCAGUAGCUCCCCAUGUCUGUCUCAAAAGUUAUGUGUAUAUAAUUAUUAUAUUGUAGGGGGACAAUGGGGUAUUGAACAACUAAAUAUCACAAUGAAAAAUUUCCAAAUACCAAAUUACUACAUUGAAAAUGCAGUAAUACAGCACUUCGUAAGGUAAAUUAAAUAAUCAGAGCGAUUGUAGAAUACCCGGCCCACUAAAUGUCUUACUUAGAAAACUGCUCCCAUAGUCCCGCAGUCAUGUUCUGUUAUGCCGAAUACUUCAAUCUAAGUGAGUGAAAUGCGUGCUCCUGAAAACCUUCAUUUCCGCAGUCGCUGAAUAGUGAAGAUAAAAGUGUAUACAACUAGUGCUCCCGCAGUCGAUGUCAAGUAGCUAGUGUGCUUAUAGAACAAGGUAUCCUUGUGCUCCCGCAGUCCCAUGCUCCUGCAGCUGAUGUCGGAAUUUAUUAUGCAAAUUCGGCAACUGCGGUACUGCGGGAGCAGUUUUUUAAGUUAUGUAUUUAGUGGGCCAGGUAUUCUGCAAUUUAGCCAAAUGGGAGCAAUCUAAAUAUUAUUAGCUAAAGUUGUCUACCUAGCCUCCUUCGCAGCCAUUACUUUUAAGGGUCGUCAUGCAACACUCCUCCCCAGGGAAGAAGCUCUGCGUGACACAUUGUGGUGCUUGAAAACAGUUUCAAAUUUGUAUGCCUGUAUUAUAAAAGCUGGCUAAUAAAGACCCAAAUCACAAAGAACUUGGGACUGUAGGACUCUCUUGUAGUACUUUAUUCCACAACUAUUAAUUGACCCAAUAAUUAGCAAAAUGUGUACAUCAGUCCAUCGUUUCUCAGAUAAUGGUCGACUACCCAGCAUCUGCCCGCAGCAUGAUACUUACAAUUAUUGUAACCUCUAGUUUUAUAUUAAUGUUAUUUUUUAUUAGGUUGUUAAUGUUGUUGUAAAUGAAGUAGACUUCAACCCAGAGUUUAUUUCCCGUAUGAUUGCUAAAGUAGAGUGGAGUGCUCUUCUGAAAGCAGCUGAACAGGUGAGAGGAACAUUUAACCCCUGUAUAUUCUUAGAGCAGCAAGCAUCUGAUUUUUCUGUAAGUAACAUUGCUAACCAAACAUCAAGCUCUUGAGAAUAAAGAAAAACUGUAAUCACCAAGUAAAAAGAUUUGGAUCAAAUUCUCCUUGUCAGCUCCACAGAAGUAUUUCGAGAACGAAGUGGAGAAAAUGCCUGCUGAUAUUAAGGCUGGUUUUUAUUAGAGUCAGAGACAUGAUGUUAUUGGAAUCGUAAGAGUGAUUAUGAUAUAGUGAAAAUAAAAAUCGAAGUUGUAAGGAAUGACAAAAGGCUCAUAAUUUACACCAUUUCCAUUUUCUUCUGACUCUUUUUGCGACCUGUUUUUGCUUAACCCUUUAAACCCUAAGAUCAAAAUUAGAAUUCUCAUUUGUUGCCCCUAUUCAUUUCCUACAGAAUUAGUGGGGAGAAGUUGUCAAAAUAUCAAGCAAAUUCAUCUUGUGAGAUCAUGUCCAUAAUUCUCAUGAACACUCUAUUUUACAAAGCAUUGAUAUUACAAGGAGAAAUUUGAUGCUGAUCACUCUUAGGGUGACAAGAGUUUGAGACUGCAACACUGUCAACUUCAUUAUUUUUCUUAUGAUCAGGUAGGAAGGUCUGAAGGUCUGCCCAGUGAAGUUAUCCCAGACUAUGAAAAGGAUGAAGAGUUCUUAAAGAAGGUCCACCAUGUUUUACUUGAGGUUAGUUGUCAAGAAAUUUUUUAAACUUUCAUUUAAGCCACCUCUCCUUAUUUUUGGCAUGUGUUCCAAAUUAACCAACCAUCCAUACUUACAUGUAUGCUGAUAAUAAAGAAAGAGCAGCUUUCUUUCUGCCAGUCUGGCCUACCUGCACCCAUUUUAAUCUGGAGGUUUUCAAAAACAUUUUUCCAAAUUUGUGGAACAUUGCUUAUUGGUUGAUCCCAACUGUUUACGAAAAUUUCAAAACAAUAGCUAUAUGUACAGUGUACAUGUAGGUGUGUAGUUUAGAGGUUGGAUUGAAGUGGAUGGAAAACAUUUUGUCCAGUUUUUUUCUUUUUUUUUUUUUUUUUUCAAUGAUUUAUUUGUACCUUGUUUUUUUGUUUUUGGUUAGGCUUUUGUACAUUAUUUUUUUUUUUGAGCAUUUUAGUGUUAUUCGAGCAUUUUAGUGGCAUUUUCCCCAGAAAAUUUUUUUUUGGUAGCCUUUUUUUUUCUCAGCAAAUUAGCAUUCAAAAUUCACAAAAACCUGCUAGAGGCUUUUUUGUUACUUGCAACACUUGCUGCCAGAGCACUUUGAAAUUAAUUUUAAAAACGUUUGUAUAAUGAGAUCUUUUAGUGACUUUUGGGGGCCAUACUUUAGGAGAUGGAGCAUUAUAUACAAAGCACAGUCAGUAGUCAAAAGCCUAUUUUUGGUAGUUUUUUUCCCAGCAAAUUAGCAUCACAGUGAAAUGUAUUUCCUGCCCCUCUGGGGAAUCAGGCCAUACUUGAUAUGAUUAUACAACAGAAUUUGUUUGGGGCUUAAUGAAAAAUUUGGGGCUUAAUUAAAGGGUCAAAACAUUUUUACAGGUUGAAGUUGAUGAAGGGUCACUGGUCUGUCCUGAGUCCGGAAGAAAAUUUCCAAUCAAGAAUGGAAUUCCCAACAUGCUGUUGAAUGAAGAUGAAGUUUAAUAAUUAUUAUAUUUUGUCCUGGAAGUGAGCAAACGUGUGAUUUUACAUGUCCCACAUGACAAGGCAAGGAAAAGUCAGCUCAGUGUAAGAUAGAGAACUCUGACAUCAGUUUUUAACAUCUGUGAAUGAAAGUGAAGAGUUAAAAGUUAACUUCACUCCAAACUAAAAUGUUAGAAGCUUUUGUUUGAAUGAAUGGGAUUUGUUAGCCUGACAUAGCUGUCACUCCAGGUUAUUUCGUCUUUUGGCUUUGACAAUGCAGAGCAGUGCUUUUAGGUUAAAAUAAAGCCCCAGAUGUAGUAAGUUUAAAAAUUCUGAGAUUUAUCAGUGCAUUUAGCGCUGACAGUAUGGCUGUAAGUGUUUUUUUUUUUCAGACAGGGUUUUUACACAUCUUGAAAACCCUUGAACUUCAGGACUCUUAUUUUGAGGUCUUGAAAGUGCUUUAAAUGUUGUUUUUGUUCAUUGAAAGUCCUUGAUUUUUUUUUACCAAGAGCAUCUAUAUUAUCAUUGCUUGAAAUUGUACAAUGUACUAAGUUUUUAAUUGGUGAGUGCAAAUGCAGAUGGAAUAAUCAUUAACAGCGUUACCAUUCAGUGGUGUUUCGUUAUCUUUGCUCACAUGUAAAUUGAGUCCAGGGGGAGUACUCUGGAUUUGAAGUGACGGGGAUGAUCAAAUGAUAUUUUUAGGGCCCAGGACUUGCAUUUCUAAUAGCCAAGCAAGGUCCUUGUCCCUAAGUGGCAAAAAAUGUAGAGAAUAUCAUGCUUACAAAAGGUAAUUUAGGGGAUAAAAGAACUCAGCAUAAAAGUAAGUACAUGUCAGGAGGAUAAAAGGGGGUGGGAUCAUUUUUCUUGGCUCUGGGGCCUCCAUUUACCUAGGCCUAAAAAUGAGGUGGGACCUCGGGCCCGCUGUGCCUCUUUCCCAGAUUCAUGACCUCCUAGACUAGCUUGGUACAAGUGCAUACAUACAACUUUGAGAUCAAUACAACGAAAUCUGAGUUAACAUUCUAUAAUAUACGAUACAACAUGUAGUAAUUAUACUCUUUAAAUGUACAUAUUUACAAUAAAGAUUCC